CGUUAGUGCUCGAUUGUCUUUUGGAAUGAUAAAAUCAUGGAGACCACAGUGUGAUAUUAGUGAUAGUGCGUCAAUUUAUUACAAUUAAUUAUUACAAAGAGACGCAUAUACUUACAUACAGCUUGAUACAUGCAUUUCAAUAUAUAAAGUAUCUGAGGCAAUAAUUAACAUGGUACUUCUAAAGCUAUUGUUAAUUAGCUGUUUAACAUUUAUCACUGCAAAGGCCUUUCGCAAUGAUACCAAUAUUGAACUAUAUGAAAAACACCGAGAUAUCUUUUACGUAGUAAUACCACAGCAUUAUAAUAUUCAACUUGAACCAGAUGUGGAAACAAAUAUUUUUCACGGCGAAUGCAAUAUCAGCAUUCGUGUUCGUGUACUAACGCAAUCCCUAAUAUUGUUUUCAAAAAUUAAAUGUAUAAAUGAUAUAAUUUUGACUAAUAAUCCGCCAAGAUUUUACGGAAACGUUGAAGACAUGAUUGUUUAUCCGAUAGAAUAUAACAAGGUGAAUGACAGAAUCGAUAUUUACUUUAGAAAUUUUCUACCAUCAGGAAAUUACAUUUUGAAUAUAAAAUAUCAUGGUAUUAUGAAUCAUGAAACAAAGGUAACAACAUUGUACAAACAAAAAUAUGAAUGGUGGUUAAUGCCAAUGCAUUUCGAUAUACUUGGGGCCCGACAAGUGUUUCCUUGCUUGAGCGAAUUUUUGUCAGCCACCUUCAGCAUUAUUAUAAAGCAUCAUCGUGAUUACGCAGCUUUAUCAAAUAUGCCGGUACAAAAAGUGGAAGAAGAUGAUGAAGACAUGAUGCUCACACAUUUCCAAACUACACCUUUAUUGUCUACUUAUCUCAUAGCAGGAAUAGUAACUAAUUUCAGUCAUAAUUCUACUGCAAGUCUAAAUACAAAUUUAUGGUAUAGAAAUUCCUCCGCUUUGAACAUGCAAUUUGCAAGCCAUGUUAUUAAAUAUACCACAUUGUAUUUGAAAAGAAAGUGGUAUCGUGGACACGAAAUAAGAGGUACGAAAGUGAAUCAUAUUGCGAUUCCAAAUUUCUCAGAUAAAAAUAUGAUGAAUUUGGGAUUAGUUAUUUAUGGAGAGGAUGACAUUAUUUAUGAUGAAAAGUUCAAACCUGUUGGUCAUAAAAUCGAGAUAUCUCAUCUAAUAGGAUAUAAAAUAUCACAGGAAUGGUUUUAUCAAUUUUCCGAUGCAAUUUGGAAUUCAACAACAUUUUGGUUUAACGAUUGUCUUAUUAGAUUUUUAGGAACAUAUGCCGUUGAUAAGGCUGUCCCAAACCUCCACAUAAUGGAUCUGUUUGUCGUACAAUCUCAUCACGAAGUUCUUGAUUUCGACAAUUCUUAUUAUACAUACUUUUUAUUCAACAAAUCUUAUGAAUUUCCUCGUUGCAUUAAAGUAUCUAUUAUAUUGAGGAUGUUACUAAACACACUUUCCGAAAACACGUUUUGGAAUUAUGUUCGCACAUAUAUAAUAAAGACCUAUUUAGAUUACAACAAUUUGAAUACAUUCAAUGAAAAUAAGAAAAAGAUAAACUAUAUGGGUGUAUCAAAUAUAAAUAAAUCAGAAUUAUUAGACAUGAUUCAGAUAAUAGGUCCAUGGACAAAGCAAAAGCAUUAUCCUACUAUAAGUGUUAAGCGAGAUUAUGAUUUUCCUGGCAAGAUGGUAGUAUUAAUAGAAAAUUAUAUCAAAAAUUCAUCAACUAAAUAUUACAUACCUCUGACACAUACUGUGCAGAAAGAGCUCGAUUUUAACAAUACAACACCUCAUUAUUGGGCAGAGCAAAAAGAGACUUAUUUAAUGAAUAAAAUAUUAACAAAUCAUGAUUGGGUAAUAUUCAACAUACAACAAAUUGGAUAUUAUCGAGUCAAUUACGAUUUAAAAAAUUGGAAAAAAAUUGCACAUUAUCUUGCCACUAUAAAUUACACGAAAAUACACGUUCUCAAUCGUGCUCAAAUUAUCGAUGACGCUUUUCACUUUAUGAUAACGAGACAGCUCGAAUCUGCUACGUUCUGGAAAAUUACAGAAUAUCUAAAACACGAAUUAGAUUUUGUGGCAUGGUAUCCUAUGCUCAAAGCUCUGGAAUACAUGUCGAGUGUCUUUCCACUUUCAGAUGAAGAAACUGAUAAAAUCAAGCAAAGAAUGCAAAAUAUUUUGAGUAAGGUGUAUGACGAACUUCCGCACAACAAAAUUAAAAAAGACGAUUCUGCAAAACGUUUAAAACAAGAAUCUGCAAAAUGGUUAUGUUUUUUUGAUGACCAGAAAUGUAAAAAAGUAGCCAAUCAUAAUUUAAUACGAAGUCUGAGAGAGCCCGAAAAAUUCAAACUCUUGCCGUGGUGGAAAGAAUGGACAUAUUGUAAUGGCUUGAAAAUAUCGUCCUAUCCUGAUAUUAUUAAUGAUAAAAACUCUACUUGGUGGAAAGUAUAUCAUAUGGGAAAGGAAAACUUUAAAAUUUUAGAAUAUCUGGCUUGCUUUGAGCAUCCAGAUUUUAUAACGGACUAUUUAAAUAUGAUAGGAAAUGAUAAUGAAACAUCGUCGCUAAAAGAUUUGCGCGUUCAAGAUCGUAUUAACUGUUUUCUUUCUACUAUUGCGAAGCACGCGAGGAAAGAUAAAGUAUUAAACUUUAUAAUAAACAAAUUUAUGGAAAUAAAACCAAAGGAAAUCAAUGAAUCUGUAAUGUUUACAGUUUUAUUAAAUCAUUUAUAUUCUGAGGAACAACUUGAAAAGGUAAAAGAGUUUGCGAUUACAAAUUUGACGAAAUUGCAAGCUGCUUUAACAAAGAGAUUAGAGGAAAAUUUGGAUAAGCCUGUAGAGAAAAUUCUUGAGAUUAUUAGAUCGAUACAACAACAGCAAGAAAAGGAUUAUAUGAUACAAGUUUAUAAACAAAUCCAAAUCAAAAUAAAUCUACGCUCUCAUCAAAUCGAAACUCAGAUGAGGUAUCUUAAUACAUUAAUAAUUUAACAAAAACUAAUAAUAGUAAUAUAUAACUAUCUCAGCAUAAAUAUUUCUGUUUAGUAAAUAUUUUUUUAUGUACGUCGCAUAUUUAAUAUUUUAGUUUUGUCCACUUAUUAGGUGCAUUAAUGAUACUCGAUUACAUUAACAACAAAGAUAUUUCAUGCAUGUGUUUUUUACAUUGUUCUGCAAUUCUGAGAUAUUUAAAUCAUAUAAUUAAUUAUGUAAAUGACAAAUUCUGAUUUUUUAAUAUGUAGAUAUAUUUUUUAAAUAUUAUAAAAACAAAUUUGUCUGCUGAAUGUAACGUGCUGUAUCAUAUUAAUGU